AUGGGUUGUUUGGCCCACUUGGAGGCAUACCAAAGGCCGUUGGUCAAGGAAGUUCACUGGUUUGCUAGUUUGGGAGUUCGGCUUGCAGACUUUAAAGAAGGUGGGGUGGUUUUGCGAAAUAGGGUUGAAUCAAAAUUCAUAGUGGAAGUCAAGGAGAAGCAAUAUGAUGAUCCGUUAUUGGUGCAGUUGAAGGAGGGAAUUUAUAAACAUAAGAUCAUGGCCUUUUCUCUUGGCAUGUUUGAUGGUCGAGGGUCACACUUCACAGCUAACUUAUGGGAGAAAUCUUUGCAAGGUUUGGGUACUCAGGUAAAUCUCAGUACAACGUUUCAUCCACAGACCGAUGGGCAGGCAGCGCAGACUAUUCAGACACUUAAGGAUAUGUUGCGCGCUUGUCUUCUUGACUUAAAGGGUAUCUGGGAUGAUCGUUUUCCAUUGACAAAAUUUGCUUAUAACACAAACUACCAUGCCAGCAUCCAGACGGCACCAUUCGAAGCUUUAUAUGGUAGGAGAUGCAACUGCAUAUCCAUUUUGCGAGCUACACAUCCAUCGCAAAAUCAGCAUGAGGAAUUUCAGAGGGAGAAUUUGCGGUCCAUUAUGCGGUCGCAUAAUUGCUAUGUGGAUCGCAGAUAUGUCACAGAUCAGACCAGGCCAACCCAGGUUUUUGAAGACAAUUCCGCGGUCUAUUCCACAGACCGCAUACAUGUUUCACAGCCACAUCUGCGAUCAUAG